AGAGAAAAAGAGCGCACAGAAAUUUGCUCUCCUCUCUCGCCGCCGCUGAAGUGGAAGGGCCCCGACCUCGCGAGGCGCGAUCUCCGGCGAGCGCGCGGGGGGAAAGAUGGCUGACCCAGAGUUGGAAGCUAUCAGGCAGAGGAGAAUGCAAGAGCUAAUGGCACAGCGUGGUGCGGGAAAUCCGCAAAAUGAAGGGCAACAGAAAGCUCAAGAAGAUGCAAAGCAGGAAGCAGAGGAACGGCGGCAGAUGAUGCUUGCUCAGAUUUUAUCUUCUGAAGCUAGAGAGAGGCUCUCCCGCAUAGCUUUGGUCAAACCUGACAAAGCAAGAGGGGUGGAGGAUGUUCUUCUGAGAGCUGCUCAGACUGGUGGAAUAUCUGAAAAGGUGUCUGAAGAAAGGCUCAUUUCACUUCUGGAGCAAAUCAAUACCCACACUAGCAAACAGACAAAAGUUACGAUUCAGAGGCGCCGGAGUGUUCUUGACGACGACGACUAGCUGCAAGCGUUCUAUGUGUGUACGAUGAGCUGGUGAAGGAGUCCGCACCCCUCAGUAGUGCAAAACUACUCGGUAUAAUGUCGGCAACCAUCAUAACUUGGUUGACUAUUUGAUGGAUUUUCGUCGUAUAUGAAUUAAUUGGAGUUUCUUUUGGCUUGUUCAAUUCGGGGAGGCGUUCAAACUUUUAUAGCUACUCAGUGAGUCAGUGUGCUGUACUGCUGUGUCAAUUUGCGUGUACUCCACUUCCAUCGUAACAUGAGCCAGAUGAUAUAUUACUA